AUGCCUUCAGCCAUCAUCGAAGGCUACGGAAAAGGUGCCAUACGUGUGACAUGGACCGUACCAAAGAUCGUGAUUCCACCAAAUGCCACACUGAUGUUCGAGGUGCGUCGAAUUGAUGACAAGAGUGAAAUUGUGUACUCCGGAGCGGAACCGACUUGUCGAAUCGAAGGCUUAACGAGUCGACAGCACGUGGAAGUUCAAAUUCGCGCUGUCGUGGUCGCAGGAGAUGGAACACGUCAUGAAGGAGAUUGGAGUCCAGUGACUGGCGGAAAUGCACCCAGGGAUGCUCCCAAUGCUCCUACUGAGCUGGCUAUCAACAACGAAAGGACAGUGCUGACGUGGAAGGCACCAGAAUCAUCGCCGGACAUUCGCUAUCGGGUCCACUGCAGUCAGAUCACCAGCGGUCAUGAGGUCGAAGAGACCAUUAGUGAACUUGGUGAAUGCCAGUACUCCCUAGCGCUCCUGGAGCAUGCCAAGCAGUUCACUUGCAGGGUGUCUGCUUUCCAUGAUGGAGGGGAGUCGCCACUGUCACAGCCGCUUGUUUUUACAACUCGUAGCGGUGCUCCAGCUCAGCCUGACGGUAAGCCCUUUCUCUGUUUUGGGUUUUGCUUUCGACUGGAAAAUGCUGUUUCAGCAGUGACAACAUAAGA